CUCUCUUCUCGCUGAGCGCCGCCAACAUGGUGUUCAGGCGUUACGUGGAGGUUGGCCGGGUGGCCUACAUUUCCUUCGGGCCCCAUGCUGGAAAGCUGGUCGCAAUUGUAGAUGUCAUUGAUCAGAACAGGGCUUUAGUGGAUGGACCCUGUACUCGGGUGAGGAGGCAGGCCAUGCCCUUCAAAUGCAUGCAGCUCACUGACUUCAUCCUCAAGUUCCCACACAGUGCCCGCCAGAAGUAUGUCCGAAAAGCUUGGGAGAAGGCGGAUAUCAAUACGAAAUGGGCAGCCACAAGAUGGGCCAAGAAAAUUGAUGCCAGAGAAAGGAAAGCCAAGAUGACAGACUUUGAUCGUUUCAAGGUCAUGAAGGCAAAGAAAAUGAGGAACAGAAUAAUCAAGACUGAAGUAAAGAAACUUCAAAGAGCUGCUAUCCUGAAAGCUUCUCCCAAAAAAGCAGCUGUGGCCAAAGCUGCCAUUGCGGCGGCUGCAGCUGCUGCUGCUGCUAAAGCUAAAGUCCCAGCCAAGAAGGCCACAGGACCAGGCAAGAAGGCUGCAGGCCAGAAGGCUCCUGCUCAGAAGGCUGCAGGCCAGAAGGCAGCACCUCCUGCUAAAGGUCAGAAGGGUCAGAAGACCCCAGCCCAGAAAGCACCUGCUCCAAAGGCGGCUGGCAAGAAAGCGUGAGGCUACACAGAAUAAUAAAGGUUCUUUUUGACGGUGGUAAAUCUCAUGUGUGGACUCUAAGCUUGUCGCCAAGUGGGAAAUAGACUGGUGGGAUUGUAGAUAGGAUGGGCUACUUAAACUCAUUCUACCCAGGCCUUAGUACUUAGCAUACAGCCAGAGUCAAACUGAUCCUUUAUACAGGGGGUACCAUGACAGUACAACAGUGUCGUUAACCCUAACAAAUAAAUUUCCCACCAACGGGUGGAAUUCCUUCAUUUUGAUGAA